AUGAGCCUGGCUGGGAGAGCCGGACGAGCCUGGACUCGAGAAUGGCUGCGCAAUUCCAGCAGUCAUGGCCUCAACGCAUCUAACACUACAUCUAGAUGGUCUCUGCUUCUGCGCACGACAGCUCCAUGCCGGCAUCGCAACUACGCCUCGCAGGCAAAACCGACGCCUGCGCAGCUCGAGGCGCGGAUAGCCGCGAUUCCAAUUGAGCGGUAUAGAAACUUUUGCAUCGUGGCGCACAUUGACCAUGGCAAGAGCACGCUGAGUGACCGGCUGCUGGAGCUGACGGGGACCAUUUCGGCCAGCGAUGCGAAUAAGCAGAUUCUUGACAAACUCGAUGUCGAACGUGAGCGAGGAAUCACAGUCAAAGCACAGACGUGCACCAUGAUAUACAAGCACAAUGGCGAAGAUUACCUGCUUCAUCUCGUCGACACGCCGGGCCACGUCGAUUUCCGCGCCGAGGUCACCCGUUCAUACGCCAGCUGCGGCGGCGCUUUGCUUCUGAUCGACGCCAGCCAGGGCAUCCAGGCGCAGACGGUGUCCAACUUUCAUCUAGCCUUUGCGCAGGAUCUGGCGCUGGUUCCCGUCAUCAACAAGAUCGAUAUGCCGUCGGCCGAUGUGCCCCGCGUUCUGGACCAGAUGGAGACGAGCUUUGAGUUGGAUCCUAAAAAGGCUGUGCUGGUGAGCGCAAAGACGGGUAAAGGUGUUGGUGCUCUUCUGCCGGCGGUGGUGGAGGGGAUUCCGCAUCCUGUUGGCGAUGAGAAUAAGCCGUUGAAGAUGCUCCUAGUUGAUUCUUGGUACGACACUUUCAAGGGCGUGGUUUUGCUGGUGAGGCUGUUUGACGGAUCUAUCAAGACGGGAGACAAUGUCGUAUCACUGGGCACAGGCAUGAAAUACACGGUUGGCCAGGUCGGCAUUCAGUAUCCCAACGCAACGCCGCAGACGGUACUUCGCGCAGGCCAGGUCGGUUAUGUAUACUUUAAUCCGGGUAUGAAGCGGAUUCAAGACGCCAAGCUGGGCGAUACCUUCACUACGGUUGGAGACGAGGAAAUCGUCGAGCCGUGUCCAGGCUUUGAGGAGCCCAAGCCCAUGGUGUUUGUUGCGGCGUUUCCUACCGACCAGAGUGACUACACCCGUCUCGCCGACAGCAUCAAUCAGCUCGUGCUCAACGAUCGCAGUGUGACGCUGCAAAAGGACUUUUCCGAGGCUCUUGGAUCGGGAUGGCGUCUUGGGUUUUUGGGCAGUCUUCAUUGCUCAGUGUUUCAAGAUCGCCUGAGACAGGAACAUGGCAAGAGCAUCAUCAUCACGGAACCUACAGUGCCUACCAAGAUUGUGUAUGCCGACGAGUCAGAGGAGGUUGUACAGAACCCAGCCUUGUUUCCAGACUCGAGCGAUCACCGGAUUAGAGCUGCCACGUUAUACGAGCCCUAUGUCAAAGCGACAAUCACAGUUCCUGAAGAGUACCUCGGCCGCGUCAUUGAGCUUUGCGAGGGCAAUCGCGGAGAGCAAAAGAGCCUAGAGUUUUUCCACACUGACCAGGUUAUUCUCUCAUACGACAUUCCCGCCUCACAGUUGGUCGACGAUUUGUUCGGAAAACUCAAAGGCGUCUCAAAAGGUUAUGCGACUCUUGAUUACGAGGACGCAGGGUGGCGCCAGAGCAAAUUGGUGAAGCUCCAGCUACUUGUUAAUCGACAGCCCGUCGACGCCAUUUGUCGAGUGAUACACUCGACGCAGGUUGACCGCCUAGGCCGCCAAUGGGUCACAAAGUUCAAGGAACAUGUCGAUCGACAAAUGUUCGAGGUCGUCAUCCAAGCCGUUGUGGGCAACAAAGUUAUUGCUCGAGAAACCAUCAAACCUUUCCGGAAAGACGUCCUCGCAAAACUUCACGCCAGUGAUAUUACUAGACGCAGAAAACUGCUAGAGAAGCAGAAGGAAGGAAGGAAGAGAUUGAGGGCAGUGGGCAACGUGGUGAUUGACCAAUCAGCAUUCCAGAGCUUUUUAUCGAAAUAG